AUGACAUCUGAAGGACGACCUGCUACAAGUAUUACGUGGACACAAUUAUCUAAGAAAGGCAUCAAGACAGAUUUGACACAAACUGCGGUAUACAAUAUUUCUGAACUAGAUAAUCGCAUGAUAAUAUCUCAAAGCAGCAUUGAUUUGAGACCGCUACGCCGGGACAAUGAUACCCGAAUAAUUUGCGAAGCGACGAAUAAGAUAUCAAAUAUAACAAGAAGGGAAGUUACACUUCAUGUCCAAUAUCCUCCCGGUAAAUCGCACUUUCAAUUCAUUGCACAAAAUGAAUUUGCCAAAGGUGGUGUAUUACAAGAUAAUAAUAAACUAAUUGUUAAAGAAGGAAGCAGUUUUACUGUUACAUGUAGAUCCGAUGGCGAUCCUCCCCCAACAUGCACAUGGAAUAUUACGAAUGACGUGAAUUCUCCUAACUUAACAUUUACAAAUAUAACAAAGGCAAGCAUAGGAUUGUAUGAAUGUACUGCAGCAAACGUCAUCCAAAGUUUCCCAAAAUAUGACAAAAAGAAAGCAGCAUCCAGGGCGAUUCUUGAUAUAGAUGUAUUAUAUCAAAGUAGAAUAUUACAGUUCAUUGUUACGGGAAAAGAAAAGAAAUGGGAGAAUUUUGUCUGCAGUGUUGACAGUACACCACUUUUAAUACCAGACUUUGACCUGAAAACAACUAUUUCCAGUGCAGAACAUGUAGCCGUUACAUUUAAAUUCAAAGCGUUUGCAUACCCGAUGCCGGUUUUCAAAUGGUUUAAACUAUGCGUCUUUUCCUCGAAGAUAUUGAUAAAUGACAAGAAAUACGAAAUCAAAACACUAGGCCUUUAUUCCAGUCUUACUAUAAGCGACAUUGCCAAAGACGAUUAUGGAAGCUACAAGCUGAUGAUAAAUAAUACAGUUGGCCAAUUAGUACAAUAUUAUCUUCUGAAAGCAAAUGCAACGCCUGACCCGCCUACACAGUUUACAAUUUUGCCAGAGUAUGUUACAGACACGUCCACAAUCCUUCAAUGGAAACCUGGAUAUGAUGGCGGCCCAAGACAAACGUUUAUUGUGAGAUACAAACUUGAAGUAGAGAAGAAUUGGACGGUUAGAAGCAUACAUGAUGACGGUGACAGAACAAUAAAUUAUACCAUAACUGACUUAUACCGUGAUUCGUUGUACUGUUCUGAAUUGUUUUCAGUGAAUUCAAUAGGGAAGUCAAUGGCGCUUAACCUAAGAUUUAAAACAAGAGUUUGA